AUUUCACAAGUGCUUUCUUCAUUUUCCCAUUCCUAUUAAAAGUUUGUGGAGUUGUGUGUUGUCUCUUUAGUCCUAUUUUAUUCGGUUCAUGGCAAGAAGCGACGACGAAUACGACUAUUUGUUCAAAAUUGUUCUUAUUGGAGAUUCUGGGGUUGGCAAGUCAAACCUUCUCUCUCGUUUUACGCGCAACGAGUUUAAUCUCGAGUCCAAGUCAACGAUAGGGGUAGAGUUUGCCACGAAAAGUGUUCAAACAGAAGGGAAGACAAUCAAAGCACAAAUAUGGGACACUGCUGGUCAAGAACGUUACCGUGCCAUCACCUCUGCCUAUUAUAGAGGUGCCGUUGGAGCACUUCUCGUAUACGAUAUUUCGAAGAAGGAAUCUUUCAUUGGUGUAGAAAAGUGGCUAAAAGAACUCCGUGACCAUGCUGAUAGUAACAUCGUGAUUAUGUUAGUAGGAAACAAGUCAGAUUUGAAACACCUGAGAGCUGUAAGCACGGAAGAAGGAAAAGAGUUUGCGGAGAAGCAUUCUUUGUCAUUUAUUGAAACUUCUGCUUUGGAUGCUACGAAUGUGGAACAAGCUUUUACUCAGUUAUUGACGGAAAUUUAUCGAAUUGUGCAUAAAAAGGCUCUUACGAACGAAAAGAAUCCUUCUUUUAAACCAGCGUUGGGAGAAAGUGUGGUAGUGAGAGAUCCAGCUGAAGACAAAGGCACCCAUAAGAAGAAAUGUUGUUCCUAGUUUAAUUUUAUUUUUGCGAAAGUCUGCUACUACAGAACUUUCAAAAUAAAUAAGCUGUUUUUGAGUAGAAUGUUUUAGAUGGUAAACUUUCUUUGUUCUAUAGUAGUUGUUGAAUGGUUGUCAUUGUGAUUCAUGUUGAUAUGAUUUUCUAA